AUGGCUCUCGAGGUGAUUUUCCAGACUUCCUCCAUCUCUUGCGGGCUGAUUCUCAUCUCACUCUUUGGCUGCGGGGUGUGUGUGGAGGUGACUGUACCACAAGAUCCAGUCAUGCAGCAGAGAGGUUUGAGUGUGGAGCUGCCAUGUCAUUACAAAACGUCUGUCGACAAAAACUUUGUGCUUGAAUGGAGGUUUGCCCCUGGCUCAACUCCUCCCGACCAUGGGAAACAGAUUCUCUACUUCACAAAUAAUAAGCUGUACAAACCAGGCUCCCAGAGUGAACGGCUAAGUCUCCUUCAAGAUCCUCCCACGUUGGGUGAUGCUUCCAUCCAACUGACUGACGUGCGUGCAUCCGAUGCCGGCACCUAUAUCUGCGAGGUGAACAAUCCCCCGGACUUCUAUGGAACUAGCGUUGGGCUCAUCCAGUUCACAGUUUUAAUGCCUCCAUCCACUCCAGUGUGCAAAGGGACCACUUCUGCUUCUGUGGGUUCGGACACCCGCCUGACCUGCAAUUCUUCCGAAGGUGUGCCUUCACCAACUUAUUCCUGGACACGGCUGGAUACCAAGACUCCACUACCUCUGUCCAAUAUGGUGCAAGAUGACAAAACAGGGAAUCUGUGGCUGAGAAACAUCUCACUCGCAUUCUCUGGGACGUAUCAAUGUCUUGCCUCCAACGAGUUUGGACAGCAGAAAUGCCAGCUCACUAUUCAUGUGACAGGCACUGCGGAAGCUGGAGUGAUUGCGGGAGCUGUCAUAGGGGUCCUGUUAGCGCUUCUGUUGCUUUGUGCAAUAGUCCUCUGGUUCUUACGGUUUAGGAAGCAGAAGGAGAAGAAGAAGACCCGAUCCAUAUACAGCGGGAAUGAAAUCAGGGAAGAUGCCACAGCUCCAGGAAUCUCUGAGGCCUCUCUGCAGGGAGGGGAAAGCCAGCCGGAAAACCAUCUUCUGGAAAGCAUAUCUUCCAGGCCUGCAUCUACUACCAGCACUACCAAAUCCCAGCUCAAGAAUUUUCUUGUCUAAGCUUGCUCUGUGACUGUGGGGUUGUUUUGUUGCCGCUUUACAGCAUUUUGUUUUACUGCACGAAGAACAUUUGCUCUGAAGAUGUUUAGGACAUCCUUCAAAGGGUGUCCUAAACUGCCCCUAAUUUGCUUGCUGCAUUGUCAAAACUUGAAUUAGAUUUCUGAGAGCUCCUCCAGAAUAGAGGUGGUGGAGAAAUUCCAUUCAGCUUGCAUUUCAGCCUACCUUAUUUUGAC